CCAGAAAAACCGCUCGUUAUCGUAUCGUUUCCCCCCGAGACCAGACCACCCGACCCCCUUCGCCGUCUCCCCGCCGCGCUCGCCGCCGGCCGGGUACAUCCAAUCCAAGCGCCGCCUGCGCGCCCCAGCUCCGACCCAAUGGCGUGGGGCGCGCCCGCGCGGGCGCAGUCGUCGCGGGUGCAGGCCCUCUACGACCUCUGCAGGCGCACCUUCCCCUCCCCCUCCCCCUCCUCCGCCGCCGCCCCGGCCGCCCCUCCGCCGGCCAGCGCCGUCCGCGCCAUAUCCUCCCUCAUGGAUACUAUCAGCCCCGCGGACGUCGGGCUCAGGGACGACAGCCUCGGGGACGGCGGCGGCGGGCACGGGUUCUUCGACUCCACCUUCGUCAAGGGCGCGGCCAGGGCGGCCAGGUGGGCGCAGCCCAUCACCUACCUGCACGUCUACGAGUGCGACGCCUUCUCUAUUGGAAUAUUCUGCUUGCCAACUUCAGCGGUCAUUCCUCUUCAUGAUCAUCCAGGAAUGACUGUACUGAGCAAAAUCCUAUAUGGUUCGAUGCAUGUGAAAUCAUAUGACUGGGUAGAGCCUACUGUUGUAGCGAGUAAUCGACAAGUGAGACUGGCCAAGUUACAUGCAGAUGAUGUUCUUACUGCUCCAUGUCCAACUACCGUUCUGUAUCCCCAAAGUGGCGGGAACCUACACUCCUUCACUUCAGUUGCCUCUUGUGCUGUUCUUGAUGUACUUGCCCCACCAUAUGCUGAAGAUGCUGGUCGAAUUUGCACCUAUUUUAAUGAUUAUCCAUUUUCUAGCUUCUCAAGCGGACGCGCAAAGACAGUUGACAGCCCAGAUAAUUAUGCCUGGAUUGAAGCCAUAAACUCACCUGUGUACAUUAACAUGCGCCCUGGCAUGUAUACUGGCCCGACUGUACAGGACCGCCUAUCAUAACCGACGAACCGAGGAGCAUCAAGCAGUGUGUCCGGGCAGCGAGGCACCAAUACAGUUCUUCCAAUGUAGUGUUGUAAAUGUACCGUAACCUGUUACUUUUCUAUUUAGAUUUUAUGCUAGAUGGAUGGCUACAGUGAAUAUACAGUUAGAACUUUCUCAUGCUCCGUUUAGUGGAGGAAUUCACAUUCUGUGGCCUUAUCUUGUCGCAAUUCUGUUUUUGCGGCCCCAUAGUAUAUCUGUGUAAGUUUGGUGGUAGAGUCUGCCGUUCAUGGUGCACACUGUAUUCCGAGUUCACUGUUAUCAAAAUUUCAUGCAAAAAUCAGUUGAAAA